AUGUCCUAUUUUCAGAUUCUCGGUGACUGUUACUACUGUGUUAGUGGCUUACCGGACGUAAACCAUCAUCAUGCCGCAUGUACCGUCGAAAUGGGACUCGAUAUGAUCGAAACUAUUAAACUGGUCAGAGAUAUGACACGAGUCAAUGUGAACAUGCGAGUCGGCAUUCAUUCUGGUCGAGCUCACUGCGGUGUGUUGGGGCUGAAGAAGUGGCAGUUCGAUGUGUGGAGCGAUGACGUCACUUUGGCAAAUCAUAUGGAAAGUGGUGGUCUGCCUGGGCGUGUUCACAUCACUCAAGCCACACUGGACUCACUGAGCGGUGAGUACGUCGUCGAAGAGGGUAACGGAGCUGAACGAUCAAAAUACCUUGCCGAACACAAUGUGCACACUUACCUGGUCGUCAAAGCCAAAAAUAGCCAAGGAUCUACACGACCGGCCGCGAGACUGCAAAUGAACAAGGAGCUUCGCCUGACUGGACACGCCUCAGCACUACAAAGGGGCCAGAGCCUCAGGCAAGCGGUUAAGCCAACAAAACCGUUGAGGGACGACGUCGAAUCGCAUCUGAAGCAGGGAAUUCAGGCCAUUAACAAGGAGAGCUGGCGACAAACUCACUGCCAUCGGAUCACUUUGAAAUUCAAGGAGAGCAACGUUGAAAAGAAGGUUUUCGUUUUUUCACGUUUUUUUCAUUUGUAUAAAAAUUAG